CGAGACAGGAAGGAAGGAAAUUUCCUUUUCUUUUGCCACUGAAAUCACUGCGCGUUGAAAGUUCGUGGUCUGGCUCUGGCAUGCGCUCGGCCAGCCAAAAUCAAAGAAUCCGAGGUCCAGGGUCCAAACAAUGAUAAAAUAUCAUGGUUCAAACCAAGCCGCUCUAAACACGAUUAAAAAAAAAAUGCAAAUUAGAACUAAAUAUAAGCACACUGUUCUCUUCAACUUUCGAAAUUCCCUGGACCUCUGCCGGCAGUUCUAAAUUUGCCACUUGUUUUCUGCUACUCUCGUUGUUUUCUGAGGUCUCGCUUUUCCCAAAGGCAACGGAGAAAGAGAAGAAGAAUAAUGGUGGGAGCAACGAUGUGGCAGGGUACAGCUCUGGCUGGAAUAGUGUUGUGGAUCGUCUCGUCUUCGUACUUCGAUGUCACUCGCAAGAUUAGAUCUUCCCUGCAACCUUGGGUGGCUCACCAUGUUGAGGUUGGAACUCCUGUAGUCCUACGGAUCCAGAGUUACAGGCUUGGACUCCUGGAUGCUCUUUUCUCCGGGUUGUCUUGUGUUGUUUCUGUGCCCUUUUACACAGCUUUUCUUCCUCUAUUAUUCUGGAGUGGGCAUGCCAAAUUGGCGAGGCAGAUGACCUUGUUGAUGGCGUUCUGUGACUAUAUAGGUAACUGCAUAAAGGAUGUGGUAUCUGCUCCAAGACCUGCUUCUCCACCUGUUCGGAGAGUAACAGCUACAAAAGACGAAGAAGAGAAUUCAUUGGAAUAUGGAUUGCCUUCUUCUCACACCCUUAACACCGUUUGCCUAUCUGGGUACCUGCUGCACUAUGUCCUGACCCAAACUCAAGUUGAAGGUGCCUAUUUCAAUAUUCUUGGAGUUGCUCUUGCUUGCUUGCUUGUGGCCCUUAUUGGUUUGGGUAAUUUUUUGUUACAUGAGAUUAUUAGAAAUCUUUCUUAUUGUUGGCUUGUUAUACAGCAAUACUUUGAUCAAUAUUUGUUCUCCUUUGUAGGAAGAAUUUAUCUUGGCAUGCACAGUUUGGUUGAUGUCCUUGGCGGUCUUCUCAUAGGAUUUGGGAUCCUUGCAUUUUGGUUUUCAGUUGAUGGGUGCAUAGACAGUUUUGUGGUUUCAGGACAAAAUGUUGCAUCUUUUUGGGCUGCCCUGAGCUUCCUCUUGCUCUUUGCUUAUCCAAGUCCUGAACUGCCAACUCCAAGUUUUGAGUAUCACACAGCUUUCAAUGGUGUUGCAUUAGGAAUUGUCGCUGGAAUACAGCAAACAUACCAUCAGUUUCACCAUGACUUCGUUCCUCGUCUGUUCUCUUCAGAAAUCACAAUGCCUGUAUUUGUGGGGAGGGUGCUUUUGGGAAUUCCCACAAUUCUGAUCGUGAAAUUCUGUAGCAAGACGCUUGCAAAAUGGACUCUUCCUGUGGCAUCAAAUACCUUGGGCAUCCCGAUAAAAUCUACAAGCUAUAUGCCCACAUUAAAUGGAUCUUUCAAGGGAAGAAAGCAUGAUAGGCUCAAACAUGGAGGUUAUUUGCACAAGCUUCUUUCCCAGCACGAGGCAUUUGAUGUAGAUACAGGAAUUAGAUUUCUUCAGUAUGCUGGUCUGGCAUGGUCUGUGGUUGAUCUUGCCCCUUCACUUUUUCAAUAUUUGAGCUUGUGAUGUUGAUGUUUUGUUAGUAUGCACCAUCAACGAGAUUGUACACCUGAAUGUAAAUCAAAUUUUUGUAUAGCUACGGCUCACCCAAUUUUGAUCAUGUUAUGAUGAAAAUUUUUGUGGCAACCAAGGCCGAUUCAGAUGUACGAUGCAUUUGUCUCCCAUAAUGUGCCAGCUUCAAAGAUAUUGUCAUUGGACUUUCAAAAGUUACACUUCA